UGUUACUUAAGUGCCUCUCUGUAAGCAGCGAUGGAGGAAGUGCAGCUCAGGCGCCUCUGCACUCGUCUCAUCAAUGCCACUUUCAUUCUCCUUCGGUGGGGCAACAUGGAGGCUGUACAAAAGGACUACUGGUACUUCGUGGUACUCCUCUUCCUCCCUUUUCUUAAAGGUGCUGUCCAGCAGACAAACGGGGAAACAGUACGGCUGGAGGAAGGAAUGGUGCUGGAUUGCUUGUGUCCUUGGGAUGGCCAGCUCAGCAUGGUGUCAUGGACCAAAGUGCCACAGAAAAAUCCCUUUGCUGUUUACAGUCCAAAGCAUGGAGUCUCCUUGCAUCACCAGUACAUAGAGAGGGUAGAGUUCCUCAAGGUGACACCUAUGGAUGGGAGCAUUUCCUUAAAGAAUGUCACCCAUCAGGAUAUUGGGCUCUAUCACUGUUCUGUCCAUACUUUCCCUCAUGGAUCCUGGACCAGGGACAUUUGGGUGGAGGAUUUGGAUGAGCCACCAGAAGAUAACGUCACUGAGGCCCCGACCCUAGAAACCUUCCAAGUAGACUCACAGCUCGUAGCUGAGCACAGCAGCAACUUGACCAUCAGCUGCAAUAAACCACAAAACAGUACAGUCUACAUGGCUUAUUUGGAGAAACUGAUGUUCGGCAAGCGUUGGUUAACUGUCGGGGAGUGUAAGAUGGUUGAUCAGGGUGUAGAAAUCACCGGAAUGAUGGACUGCACAGAAAGCCUGGAUAUUAAUGUGAUUCUGACUAAUGUUACAUCAGAAGACGACGGUUUCUAUCGCUGCUCCUAUAAAACCGACAGGGGGAUCCAGAACACCAUUGUACAGCUCACAGUAGCUCCUCCAGCUGGAUUCAGCCUCUCCCUAUACAUGAUGUAUAUUUACCUUGGAGCUGGAGCUGCUGGGCUUGUUCUAAUCAUCUCCUUUCUCAUACUUGGGUUGAGGCGCAGGAAAAAAAAACGAAGGAAGGAGUACCGAGUCAAGCUGCACCCCAGUCAGAGACAGCCAAACAUCUAUGAGAACAUCCCUCUGUGUCCCAGGAUUGUGAAGAAGUCCAGACAGACUAAAAGCUUCCCCAUCUAUGCCAACCUGCCGGCCGCUCGCUCGCUCCAAACCACACAUCAACCUCGGGACAAAAAAAGGAGAGGCUUGCUGUAACUCAUGUUGCUUUCCCUACAUCUGUCAGUGCGCUCUUAGCUAUUCACACUCCAUUCACUGUACAUCAGAGCGAGGAUAAAUAAAUGUCAGCAAGCGCAGACUGUAAUUAUCCAUUUGAGUUUUUAAUCAGAUGCAGGGAUCCACACCGGCACUGUUUAAUAUUCACACGGCGGUUUGAAAUGAGUUAACAAGCCGGUGCUCAUCUCAGAGUCAGAAAGCUGACGGGGGCUGUUUGGGACCAGCCUUGCUUCCCCCUAAUUAAAUGUACUAUGUAAUUAUUGUUGAGGGGAUGUUUGCUUUUUCCACAAAACAAUAUUUGACAGUAACCAUCACGCAGAGGAGAAAGACAAAAGCCUGUCUAAUCAUUCUUUUCUCUUCCCUAACCCCCUUCAAGUAAAGCGAUUGACAAAAGCCUGUGUAAUUGCCCUCUUUUCACUUUCAUCCCUCCUGGUUUCCAUUCAAAGCUUGACAAUAGUGUCUAAUCAUCUAACGGAGAAGAAAAGCAGUCGCUCAGCAAUGUACCGUCACUUGAGACUUCUGCUUUUCUCCCCAACAGGCUUUCUGACUCUCUUCUAGUUACAGCACGCCCUCAGACUGAAAGCUGAACUCUAAUUAACAAAUCCUGGGCUGCAGUUUAUAUCUUUUACUCUCUCUGACUUCUUUUUGAUGAAUAUACACAGUUUUUUUUUUUUUUUUUUUUUUUUUACCUCCUUUGCUUUUUCAAAACAUAAAGAUGAACUGUCGAAUGUUUUUCCCCUUUGGUAUUUGUUCCUUUUUUUUUCUUCAUGAGUUUGCUUUUGUAAAUCAAUAUUUGCGGUUUUAUGGCAGCUACUGUGAAAUUAAACUCUGUGCUGUUUGUGUAAUUUAAUUCAUUUAUCUCCAUAGAGAUGGAGGCAGAGGCAGUAAUGGAUAAGAGGGCUAUUCCGCUAGGAUACAAGACAAAUGUGGAACAGAAAGGGACAUUACAGUUUGGGGUUCAUGGGUUGUGUUUUUUUUUUUUUUUUUUUUCUCUUUGCAACCUUUGUAAAGAAACUGUAAAAGUACAUUUGAUUGUGAGGAUACUUGAGAAUCUCUGUCCUGCAAGCUGUAUUGAAACUGAUAUUUAUGACUGAUAAAGACUCCUUAU